AUGAACCUGGGGAUGGCAUCUCUAACCAAGCCUCUAUCUAGUAUUUCUGCAAGUACUGUUGGUCGUGUGCAUCAUAAGCGCUUGAAGUUAUGGAAAUCUCAGAAUCUGCUUAAUGCAAGCACUUUACUGCAUACAAGUCGUAAGCACUUAACUAUUUGCUGCACAAAUAUGUCUCCUUGGGAAUCUGCUUCGGUAACAUAUUCUCCUCAUAGUGAAGGAAAACUACUGAAAGAGACGACCAAUAUCUUUGAUACUUUGAGUUCUGGUGAGACAGCUGAAGCUUCGGUAGUCAAUGCUGAAGAGAUAACAGUUCCAAGCAACCAGUCACCUUUGCAGCUCCAGUACUUUAAAUGGCCUAUAUGGGUUCUUGGCCCUACCCUUCUCUUAGCCACGGGCAUAGCGCCCACCUUGUGGUUGCCACUUUCAUCAAUUUUCCUCGGUCCGAAUAUAGCCAGCCUUCUUUCUUUGGUUGGACUUGACUGCAUUUUUAAUCUCGGCGCAUCUCUCUUUCUUCUCAUGGCCGAUUCUUGUGCAAGUCCAAAAAACAGUACUCAAGGGUGCAGCAGCAAGCCUCCUUCCAGUUAUCAGUUUUGGAACAUGGUUGCGAACAUAAUUGGAUACAUUAUUCCUUUGACAAUGCUUUUGGGUUCUCAAAAGGGUCUUCUUCAGCCUCAGUUACCUUUUAUUUCAUUUGCAGUUAUAUUAGGUCCUUAUCUUCUGCUUCUGACAAUACAGAUACUCACCGAGAUGCUAACCUGGCACUGGCAGUCACCAGUAUGGUUAGUGACUCCGGUUGUCUAUGAAGCAUAUCGUUUGUUGCAACUGAUGAGGGGGCUGAAGCUUGGCGUUGAGCUCGGUGCACCAUCAUGGAUGGUGCAUACUAUUAGGGGCUUGGUGUGCGGUUGGGUGCUUGUUCUUGGAAUGCAGCUCAUGAGGGUCGUUUGGUACACAGGUUUUACUGCUCGUACUUAUAAUCAAGAGUCGACUGCUUCUGUUGAUGGUAAUUGA